AUGUCUCAACAACAAACUAAGAACUGUAUAACUCUGCGAGGAUCGGCUCAAAUUAUUUGUGAAUAUCUCAAAUUCGCUAUCAAUUCGGUGCUGUUCCAAAGAGGUUUAUAUCCACCAGAAACUUUUAAGGCAGAGCAACAGUACGGCAUCACGCUGUUAAUAUCAGAAGACGCACAAAUCAAAAGCUUUUUAACUAAUUUAUUGACUCAAAGUGAAGAAUGGAUAUUGAAUAAGAAAGUUAGCAAGUUAUCGCUUAUCAUCAUCAACGUAGCAAAUAAGGAAGUCCUUGAAUGUUGGGACUUCAAUGUGCAAUAUGAAGAGGGAGAUGCAGCGUUAUCUAAAGAAAAGAAUGAAACCGUAGGAAGCAAAGACUUGAAGAAAAUACAGCAGGAGAUCCGUGAUGUAAUGUUGCAGGUAGCGGCUACAAUAUCUUACUUACCAUUCUUAGACUGUAGGUGUUCAUUCGAUGUAUUAGUUCAUGCUAAGACGGAUUGCGAUAUUCCCGAUAAGUGGGCGGAAGCGAAACCUGUGGAAAUACUCAACGCACAAAAUGUUCAACUUAAAACCUUCUCCACUAGUCUACAUAAAAUGGAAACUGUUGUUAGUUAUAAACUUGUAGAUUAG